UGACAGGUCUUCCCGCCCCUAGGGGGCGACCUCCGAGCCCUGGCCCACCACCUUGAUCGGGAGCACGUCCUUUUGCUUCCCUCAGUGCUCAGCUUUAAUUUAGAAUCGGCGCCAAGCACCUUCUUUAAGUUUGAGGUUCCGGAUUCCUGGGCACAGCGAGACACAAAAAAGGAAAAGGGUGGCAGUGCGGUGACCGAGCCACUGAAAUCCUCCAGCUCUAAAAAGCGAAACUUCCUUUCCGCCCUCAGAGGUGUGGCGUUCAUGGAGCGGGUCCUGGCAGAGCUGUGCGGCACCAGCCCGGCGCGGCCGCUUCCGCUGUGGGAGGGGGACACCGCCGGCCACUGCUUCACCCAGCUGGUGCUCAGCGCCUUGCCCCACGCGUUCCUUGCCGUGCUCAGUGCCUGCCACUGGGGCACUCCGAGGAGUCCGGAUUAUGUCCUGCCUGCUAGUCCUGGCUGGCGCCUCCGACUUGCUGCUGCCUUCCUGCUCUCCAUUUUCCCACUGCUAGACCUCCUUCCAGUUGUUCUGCCACCAGGAGCAGGUCCAGGUCCCAUAGGACUAGAGGUGCUGGCAGGGUGUGUGGCAGCAGUGGCCUGGACCAGCCACAGCCUGGCCUUGUGGGCAUUGUCACAUUCCCCUCAUGGCCGUUCACGGGGGCCCUGGGCCUUGGCCCUAGCAGCCUUCCUGCCAGCCCCUGCCCUGGUGCUGACUCUGCUGUGGCAUUGCCAGCAAGGCACCUUUCUGCCCCCAGUGCUUCCAGGGCCCCUGGCCCGUCUGUGUCUUCUCAUUCUGCAGCUGGCUGCAGUCUUGGCAUAUGGCCUGGGCUGGGCAGCCCCUGGGGGGCCAUCACCAGAACCCUGGACUCAUGAACCCUUCCUGUCUUCUGUGGGCCAAGAAUCUGAGGUGGCUGAGGAUGGAGAGAGUUGGCUAUCACGGCUUUCUUAUGCCUGGCUGGGCCCCUUGCUGGCGCGUGGGGCUUGUGGAGAGCUGCGGCAGCCCGAGGACACUUGCCGCCUUCCCCACAGGUUGCACCCAGCGUACGUGGCCCGAGCCUUCCAGGCACACUGGCAGGAAGAUACCCAGCUAUGGAGGGCCCUGUAUGGGGCCUUUGGGCGGUGCUACCUGGCCCUUGGCCUGCUAAAGCUGGUGGGCACCAUGCUGGGAUUCUCAGGGCCACUGCUGCUGUCCUUGCUGGUGGGCUUCUUGGAGGAAGGGCAGGAGCCCCUGAGCCAUGGCCUGCUCUAUGCCCUGGGGCUAGCGGGCAGCGCCGUGCUUGGUGCUGUGCUACAGAAUCAGUAUGGCUAUGAGGUACGAAAGGUGACACUUCAGGCCCGGGGUGCAGUGCUCAACAUAUUGUAUCGCAAGGCUUUGCAUCUGGGGCCCAGGCGCCCUCCUACUGGGGAGGUGCUUAAUUUCCUAGGCACUGACUCAGAACGGCUGCUAAACUUCACUGGCAGCUUCCAUGAGGCCUGGGGACUGCCCUUGCAGCUGGCCAUCACCCUCUACCUGUUGUACCAGCAGGUAGGCUUGGCCUUUGUGGGUGGUCUGGUCUUGGCACUACUGCUGGUUCCUGUCAACAAAGUAAUUGCCACCCGUAUCAUGGCCAGCAACCAGGAGAUGCUGCAGCACAAGGAUGCACGAGUUAAGCUCAUGACGGAGCUGCUGAGUGGCAUUCGCGUCAUCAAGUUCUUUGGGUGGGAGCAGGCAAUGGCAACCCGGGUAGAGGCCUGCCGGGCCCAAGAGCUGGGGCGGCUACGAGUGAUCAAGUACUUGGAUGCAGCCUGUGUGUACCUGUGGGCUGCCCUGCCAGUUGUUAUCUCCAUUGUCAUCUUUAUCACUUACGUCCUCAUGGGACACCAGCUCACUGCCACCAAGGUUUUCACGGCCUUGGCCCUGGUGCGCAUGCUCAUUCUUCCCCUCAACAACUUCCCCUGGGUCAUCAAUGGUCUCUUGGAGGCCAAAGUGUCCUUGGACCGGAUUCAGCGUUUCCUCGACCUUCCAAACUACAACCCUCAAGCCUACUACAGCCCAGAGCCCCCCUCAGAGCCAUCUACGGUGCUGGAGCUGCACGAAGCCCUGUUUUCCUGGGACCCCAUUGGAAGCAGUCAGGAGACCUUCAUCAGCCACCUCAAAGUGAAAAAGGGAACACUGGUAGGCAUCGUGGGCAAGGUGGGCUGCGGGAAGAGCUCACUGCUGGCUGCUAUCACGGGGGAGCUGCACAGGCUGGGUGGACGGGUAGCGGUAUGGGGGCUAUCCAAGGGCUUCGGCCUGGCCACCCAAGAGCCCUGGAUCCAGUUUGCCACCAUCCGAGACAACAUCCUCUUCGGCAAGAUGUUCAAUGCCCAGUUGUACAGGGAGGUGCUGGAGGCCUGCGCCCUCAAUGAGGACCUGAGUGUCCUGCCUGCUGGAGACCAGACUGAGGUGGGGGAGAAGGGUGUGACCCUCAGUGGGGGACAGCGGGCCAGGAUUGCCCUCGCUCGAGCUGUGUACCAGGAGAAGGAACUCUACCUCCUCGAUGACCCUCUGGCUGCUGUGGAUGCAGAUGUGGCCAGCCACCUGCUGCACAAGUGCAUCCUGGGAGUCCUGAGCCACACCACACGGUUGCUGUGUACUCACCGCACCGAGUAUCUGGAGAAGGCUGACGUGGUGCUGCUCCUGGAGGCCGGGCGCCUCGUCCAGGCUGGGCCUCCCUCUGAGAUUCUGCCAUUGGUGCAAGCUGUCCCCAAAACCCAGGCUGAGGAUGGACAAGUGCCUGGCUCAGCCAAGGCCCCGCUGGAACAGAGUCUGGAGGACACAAGUGAGGGCCCGGCAGUGGAACAGAGCACCUGUGGACGCCUGCUGCAGGAGGAGAGCAAGAAGGAGGGUGCCGUGGCCUUGCACGUGUACCGGGCAUACUGGAGGGCCGUGGGCUGUGUCCUGGCCCUCGUCAUCCUCUUGUCUCUGCUCCUCAUGCAAGCCACGAGAAACGCCGCAGACUGGUGGCUGUCCUACUGGAUCUCCCAGCUGAGGGCAGGAGGGAAUGGCUCUGGGGAGGUGCCAGCUUCUGCUACCCAGGGACCCUCGGGGCUCUUCUCCCCGAAACUACUCCUGUUCUCCCCAGCGAGUCUCUGCACCCCAGUGUUCCCACUGCCCACGGUGGCCCCCAAUGGAUCCUCCGACGUCUCUUUCUACCUCACCGUGUACGCAACCAUCGCCGGCAUCAACUCUCUCUGCACGCUUCUCCGUGCAGUGCUUUUUGCAGCAGGCACCCUCCGUGCAGCUGCCACCCUGCACUGUCGCCUGCUCCGACGGGUCCUUCAGGCACCCGUGUCUUUCUUCGACUCCACGCCUACAGGCCGGGUGGUGAACCGCUUCUCCUCCGAUGUGGCGUGUGUGGAUGACAGCCUGCCCUUCCUCCUCAACAUCCUGUUGGCCAAUGCGGCGGGCCUGUUGGGCCUCCUGGCUGUGCUGGGCUCCGGCCUGCCCUGGCUGCUGCUGUUGCUGCCACCACUCAGCAUCGUGUACUACCGAGUGCAGCGCCACUACCGGGCCUCCUCGCGGGAGCUGCGGCGCCUGAGCAGCCUCACACUGUCUCCGCUCUACACCCACCUGGCUGACACGUUGGCUGGCCUCCCUGUGCUCCGGGCGGCUGGGGCCACCUAUAGGUUCGAAGAAGAGAACCAGCACCUGCUGGAGCUGAACCAGAGGUGCCAGUUUGCUUCCUGUGCCACAAUUCAGUGGCUGGACAUCCGGCUACAGCUCAUAGGGGCAGUGGUGGUCAGUGCCAUUGCGGGCAUUGCCCUGGUGCAACACCAGCAGGGCCUCGCCAACCCAGGACUGGUGGGGCUCGUGCUGUCCUAUGCCCUGUCCCUCACGGGGCUGCUCUCAGGCCUAGUGAGCAGCUUCACGCAGACAGAAGUCAUGCUGGUGAGCGUGGAGCGGCUGGAGGAGUAUUCCCGAGACCUGGCCCAGGAGCCCCAGGGCCGCCGGCUGCAGCUGGCCAGCUGGCUGACCCAGGGGAGUGUGGAGUUCCAGGAUGUGGUGCUCGUGUACCGGCCAGGACUGCCCCAUGCCCUAGAUGGGGUGACCUUCCGUGUACAGCCUGGAGAGAAGCUGGGCAUUGUGGGCCGCACAGCCUCUGGGAAGUCGUCCCUGUUCCUGGUGCUGUUUCGGCUCGUGGAGCCCAGUGCAGGACGGGUACUGCUAGACGGAGUGGACACUAGUCAGCUGGACCUGACCGAGCUCAGAUCCCAGCUAGCUAUCAUCCCCCAAGAGCCCUUCCUGUUCAGUGGGACCGUUCGGGAAAACCUGGACCCCUGGGGCCAGCACGAGGACAGGGCCCUGUGGCAGGUCCUGGAGCAGUGCCACCUGAGUGAGGUGGUCGUCUCCAUUGGUGGCCUGGACAGUGAGGUGGGCGAGAGGGGCCGGAGCUUGUCCCUGGGACAGAGGCAGCUGCUGUGCCUGGCCAGGGCUCUCCUCACAGAUGCCAAGAUUCUCUGCAUUGAUGAAGCCACAGCGAGUGUAGACCAGAAGACAGACCAGCUGCUGCAGCAAACCAUCUGCCAACGCUUUGCCAACAAGACAGUGCUGACCAUUGCCCACAGACUCAACACGAUCCUGAACUCUGACCGGGUGCUGGUACUCCAUGCAGGAAGGGUCAUAGGGCUAGACACGCCCACAUCCCUGCAUGACCAGGGACACUCAAUGUUCCAGCAGCUGCUGCAGAGUGGGCUGGAGGAAGCCACUGCCCCUCCUGAACAACCUGAACCCAGGUAGCGGUCCCUAGGACUGUCCCCUCCAUCUGAGAAGCAGGGCUGAUGCAGAAGUGCUGGCCACUUGUUUACAUCCUCCUCCAAGGCUCUACCUCUCCCCACCUCCCAAAGGGGACAGGAACACUGAUGUCAUCUUGGGAACUACUUUGGGGGCCAAGUUCCAAGGCUUCCCCUGGACCAGGCCUGUCCCAGUGCCCCUCACCUCAGCCUAUAGGUGGGUGGUUUUUCUGCCACAAGAGCCCAUUUGCAUUUUUAUAGUUUUAUUUGAUAAAACAUUCUGUGUAUUAAAAAAAUAGUAUUUAUGA